AUAACUCUCUUGCUCAGCUUCAGCACCAGCGCUGUUCUGUCCUCUCGCCUCCCCCCCAUAUUCAGUUCAGCACCACAGUUGGCUCUUCUGUCUAUCCGCCUGUCCCCCCGCCUUCACCUCCACUGCGGAACAUCGGCCCGUUUUCCAGCCUUCAACCCCAUUUCACGUUCACCUUCGCCAGCCAGCCACCGCACAACCAACCGGGGCCAUGGACAACAGCGGCAAAGAGAAGGAGGCCAUGCAGCUCAUGGCCGAAGCCGACAAGAAGGUCAAAGCGUCCGGCUCGUUUCUCGGCGGAAUGUUCGGUGGAAACCACAAGGUGGAGGAUGCUUGCGAGAUGUACGCCCGAGCAGCCAACAUGUUCAAAAUGGCCAAGAACUGGAGCGCUGCCGGCAACGCAUUCUGCCAGGCCGCUCGUCUCCACAUGCAACUUCAAAACAAACUGGACUCAGCUACCAGCUUUGUGGAUGCAGGCAACGCUUACAAGAAGGCCGACCCGCAGGAGGCCAUCAACUGUCUAAAUCAAGCCAUCGACAUCUACACUGACAUGGGUCGCUUUACCAUCGCAGCCAAACAUCAUAUCACCAUCGCAGAGAUCUAUGAGUCAGAGCUGGUCGACAUUGAGAAGGCCAUUGCCCACUACGAGCAGGCGGCAGACUACUACAAAGGGGAAGAGUCAAACAGUUCGGCCAACAAGUGUUUGCUGAAGGUGGGACACUACAGCGCUCAGCUGGAGCAGUACCAAAAAGCCAUCGAGAUUUAUGAACAGGUGGCCAUGAGCACAAUGGACAAUCCUCUGUUGAAGUACAACGCAAAAGAGUAUUUCUUCAAAGCUUCGCUGUGCCACUUCAUUGUGGACGAGCUUAACGCAAAGCUGGCCAUCGAGAAGUACGAGGAGAUGUUUCCCGCUUUCUCAGAUUCAAGAGAGCUCAAACUUUUGAAGAAACUUCUAGAGGCCCACGAGGAGCAGAACAGCGAGGCGUUCACCGAAGCCGUCAAGGAGUUUGACUCGGUUUCACGUCUGGACCAGUGGCUCACCACCAUGCUGCUUCGCAUUAAGAAGACUAUCCAGGGGGAUGCCGGAGACCUGAAAUAAAGGCCAGGAUGUGGGGAGGGGAGGGAGGGAAGUUGGGAGAAAGAAGGGUGGGGUGGGGGCUUAAUGGCCAUAAGCUGAACUUGUACAUAUCAGUCUGCAUGUGAUUCCUUUACAUUCUAAACAUCACCUGUAGACCACUCCCGUGUGUCCCUACACACACAGACACAAGCAACAUUGUAACACUGAGAAAAGUAUGAAUGAGUAAUGUGUGAAAGUGCGUGUUGCUUAUUUGUUGGGAGAAGUGAGCAGAUUAUAAGGAAGAUAUACUGUAUGUUGAUGAUAUUUAUUGUCCAUAUGGAGACUAUUUAUUGUUUAUUAUGGUGCUCAGUGUUAAUAUUUUAGCAAUUAGCCCCUCUGCGUCCCCCAUUUUGGGUAGCAUCCACUCUGUGACAUCAUCGGUCACUGCUCGUCUCCCAUAGCCGCUAUUCCAGGCCUCGUUUGUGCAUGUCUGUCGUGCUCAUGUGGCUGUUGCUGUGUUCGCUGUGUCGUGCUAACGUGUGGCAAAAUGCACACGUGCCUGUAACUGGUUUCAUUUGUGUGCAGUGGGUUAAAAUGUAUCUUCAAAUAAAUACAUUAUCAUGCCA